UCCGCCGGCGCUCGCCGGGAAACGUACCGCCGCUCCGAGCUGCUCCUGCCCCACGGGCACGGGCUGGAUGCCUCCGCGCUGGCCGAUAACCUGGGCCUGCACGACAUGGCUCACCAGAUGGAGGAGGUGCAGAAUGUGGAAGAUCAACACUUACUAAUGCAUGACCAGACAGUCAUUAGAAAAGGUCCCAUUUCCUUAACGAAAAACAGUGCUCUGAGUCUUCCCUGCCAAAAGGACGGACUAAUUGGAGUGGUCAUAAACCCCAAUGAAGUAUUUUGUUCGGUUCCGGGCAGACUUUCCCUCCUGAGCUCCACAUCGAAAUACAAAGUGACAGUAGCAGAGGUGCAGAGGCGGCUCUCGCCCCCCGAAUGUCUCAAUGCCUCUUUGCUAGGAGGAGUACUCCGAAGAGCUAAAUCUAAAAAUGGUGGCAGAUCAUUAAGGGAAAAAUUGGAUAAAAUUGGCUUGAAUCUUCCCGCUGGUAGAAGGAAAGCUGCAAAUGUGACGCUAUUGACAUCUUUGGUGGAAGGUGAAGCUGUACAUCUUGCUCGUGACUUUGGUUAUGUAUGUGAGACAGAGUUUCCUUCCAAAGCAGUGGCCGAAUAUCUAACUAGACCACACAUGGGCCGUAAUGAAAUGGCAAACAGGAAGAAUAUGCUUCUUGCUGCAAAGCAGAUCUGCAAGGAAUUCACAGACCUCCUCACUCAGGACAGAACUCCUCUUGGAAACACAAGACCAAGUCCCAUCUUGGACCCUGGCAUCCAGGGCUGUUUGACUCAUUUUAGCCUGAUCACGCAUGGCUUUGGGAGUGCUGCCAUCUGUGCUGCCAUGACAUCUGUCCAGAACUACCUAAAUGAAGCAUUAAAAAUAGCAGACAAAACAUACAUGAACGCUGGUGACCAGAGCCCUGCAGAAACCAACAAAACUAUUGAUAAAAUGGAUAAACACAGGAAGUAA